UCAUCAAACAUUCAAACCGCCGGUUGCCACGCUGCCCCGGCCCAAUCGAAGACUGUAGAAUUCCAGAUAGCACACUGCCAUAGCAGAAACCGGGCCGGAGUCGCUAAUCGCUACGUCUCCCACAAAAAUGGAGAAUGCGCCUGAUUUCAAGCUGAUUUUAGGUUCUGCUUCCGUGGCUCGUCGGAAAAUUUUAGCUGACAUGGGAUAUGAAUUCAUAACCAUGUCUGCAGAUAUAGAUGAGAAGGGAAUCCGUAAAGAAAAGCCGGAGGAUUUAGUCAUGGCUCUUGCUGAGGCAAAGGCAGAUGCCAUCAUAUCAAAACUUCAAAAUGGCAAAACUCAAGAGAAUGAUGCCAUCCCAACGCUUCUUGUUGCAUCAGACACAGUGGUGGUCUAUGAAGGUAUGGUGAGGGAGAAACCAUCUGGUAAAGAAGAAGCAAGGCAGUUCAUGAAAGAUUACUCAAAUGGGCAUGCAUCUACAGUUACCUCUGUUAUUGUUUCAAACUUGAAAACUGGUGUUAGAAAAGGAGAAUGGGACAAAGUAGAGAUUUAUUUCCACGAAAUACCGGACGAAGCCAUUGAUAAACUAAUUGAGGAAGGAAGAGUGCUUUAUGUAGCUGGUGGCCUCAUAAUUGAGCAUCCCUUGGUAUUGCCUUAUGUAAAGCAAGUGGUCGGAACAACUGAUAGUGUCAUGGGACUCCCAAAAGCUCUUACAGAAAGACUGAUAAAGGAGGUUCUCUAGAAUGACUUGAAUUCAUUCACUCUGACAGGUACCGCCUCCUUGAGGACUCAAACCCAACUUGUGUCAAAUCUGAAUUAGUCCCAUAGUGAGAUAUCAUAUGUUAUAUGCAAAAAUUUUUGAAAAAAUUAUCAGACUGGCCAUCAAAUUACACGUAAAAAUGCAAUUUAGUAUACCUUGUUCAGGGCUCAGUUA